AUGGCGAAUUUCCUGGCUGGUUGGAGUAUAGUAUCUAAUGUGGCGGAACAAUCUAUUCAUGCUUCAUUUGAGAAACAAUCUAGUAAAGAUAAGCAUGGAUAUUGCAUUCGAUUGACAGCUACGAUUGAUGUAUCAAGGCUUCUCGUGAGACAAGGAUUGGCAUUUCGGAUCAUGAUGAAUCUAAGUCAUCACUUAACAAAGGCUCCUCAAAAUGAUCAAACGACUUGUCUAAGAAUUCAAAAAGAAAUUGUGAUUGCUUGCAAAAUUGAAACAAUUAAGGGUAUCAUAAAGGAACUAAAUGGUGAUUAUUUUUCUAUAUUGGUUGAUGAAUCUUUUGAUAUCUCAUGCAAGGAGAAAAUGACAAUUGUUUUACGAUAUGUUGAUGAUGGAGAAUUUGUGAUGGAGAGACUUCUUGAUAUUGUUCAUGUCAAAAAUACUAGUGCUUUAUCUCUAAAAGAUGCAAUUGUCAAUUUACUUUCUCAAAAUUCCUUGAGUUUAUCUUAUGUGCGUGGACAAUGCUAUGAUGGAGCAAGCAAUAUGCAAGGUGAUAUCAACGGUCUUAAAAUGUUGAUUAAGAAAGAAAGUAAAUCAACUUUUUCUAUUCAUUAUUUUGCUCAUCAACUUCAAUUGACUCUUGUUGGUGUUUCUAAAAGAUGUCUUCAAGUAGGAGAACUUGUGCACUUGAUUUCAGAUAUUUUUAAUGUGUUGGGGUAUUCUUAUAAACGUAUGGAUGAAUAUAGAGAAUAUCAAAACACAAAAAUUCAGGAGGCUUUUGAUAUGGGUGAGCUUAAAAUCGAUAAGGGCUUACAUCAAGAACUUGGUAUUUCUAGGGCCUGUGAUACUCGUUAG